AUGAUGCCACGGCAUCAGUCCAGCGGGUUUUCGAAUGGAUAUCCACGUGCCGACACCUUCGAAAUUUCCCCCCAUAGAUUCCAGCCGAGAGCUACUCUCCCUCACCACAGAAAGCGCAGGCAAACAUGUCUAGGCAUAGCGGUGGUUCUGCUUGUCCUUGUCAUCAUCUGGUUCGGACAGCCCAAAUCCGUCGCUUCUCUCAUCUCGCUCGGCCUCCUCUCUGGAUAUGAAGAUUUGAAACUUGAAACGGUCCGAUACUAUGACCUCACCAACGUCCAGGGCAGCGCCCGUGGCUGGGAGCGUGAAGAGCGUAUUCUUCUCUGCGUGCCUCUUCGAGAUGCCGAGCAGCAUCUGCCAAUGUUUUUCUCCCAUCUGAAAAACUUCACGUACCCUCACAACUUGAUCGAUCUUGCCUUCCUCGUCUCCGACUCCAAAGAUCGAACGCUGGAAUCUCUCGUGGAGUAUUUGGAGGCCAUCCAAGCCGAUCCGGAUCCCAAACAGCCAUAUGGAGAAAUCUCAAUCAUCGAGAAGGACUUUGGCCAAAAGGUGAACCAAGACGUUGAAAGUCGUCACGGAUUUGCAGCUCAGGCAAGCCGUAGAAAGCUCAUGGCUCAAGCGCGCAACUGGCUCCUUAGCGCUGCUUUACGGCCGUACCAUUCUUGGGUAUACUGGCGUGAUGUGGAUGUUGAAACUGCACCCUUUACGAUUUUGGAGGACUUGAUGCGACACAACAAGGACGUGAUUGUUCCCAAUGUUUGGCGUCCCCUCCCAGACUGGCUCGGCGGCGAACAGCCCUACGAUUUGAACUCGUGGCAAGAAUCAGAAACCGCGCUUGCAUUGGCCGACACGUUGGACGAAGAUGCCGUUAUUGUCGAGGGCUAUGCCGAAUAUGCAACAUGGAGACCUCAUCUGGCCUACUUGCGCGAUCCAUACGGCGACCCGGAUAUGGAAAUGGAAAUUGACGGAGUUGGAGGUGUCAGUAUUUUGGCAAAGGCUAAGGUCUUCCGUACCGGUGUUCACUUCCCCGCCUUUAGCUUCGAGAAGCACGCCGAAACGGAGGGUUUUGGCAAGAUGGCGAAACGAAUGCGGUUCUCCGUUGUUGGAUUGCCUCAUUAUACUAUUUGGCAUUUGUAUGAACCUAGUGUUGACGAUAUCAAGCACAUGGAAGAAAUGGAAAGAGAAAGAAUUGCUCGCGAGAAGGAAGAAGAAGAGCGAAAGAUUAAGGAACAGCAGAUCAAGGAAGAGUUUGGUGAUGCCAAUACUCAAUGGGAACAGGACAAACAGCAGAUGCAAGACUUGAAAGACCGCGGAAGCGUGAAAGAGGCUGGAUCGAAUCAGGGCGCGGCUGCAAAGGCUGCUGGGGCUAUAGAGGGACAAAAGAAUUAA